AUGGUUGCAAUCUCUCAUAUCAUUAACAACGGGUUGCUUCUCACGUCCCAGCUGGUCUUCCAGGACGUGGCGACGCCUCACCAAGCUGCUACUGAACAGUAUAACUUGGUCAAGUACUUGGCAGGCGCUGGGCCUUAUAUUCAACAUCCAGGCUUUGGAAUCUCUAAGGAUGUGCCUGAACAGUGUACUGUUGAGCAGGUGCAUUUGUUGUCGAGACACGGUGAGAGAUACCCUUCUAAGGGUAAGGGUAAGCAGUUUGAGGAGCUCUAUGCUAAGUUCAAGGGCUAUGAUAAGCCAUUUGUGGGUGAGUUGGCUUUCCUUAACGACUACGAGUACUUCGUUAGCGACAAGGAGUACUACGAAAAGGAAACCUCUCCUAAGAACUCGCAGGGUCUUUAUGCUGGUACUUCUGAUGCGUUCAACCAUGGAACGACCUUCAGAUCUAGAUACAGCGAGCUCUUCGAACAAAGCCUGGAACCUUUGACUUUGUUCACUUCUAAUUCUGGUAGAUGUCAUGUCACUGCCAGAUACUUCGCUAGAGGUCUCUUUGGCGAUGAGUACAGUGAUGACACUGCUGAUUUCGCUGUUAUCGCUGAGGAGGACAAAUUUGGUGCCAACUCUUUGACCCCAGUGGUUUCUUGUCAGAACUUCCACUACAGUGCCCUGAAAGACUUUGUCGGUGCUUACAACACUGACUUCUUGAGCGCCACUUCUGCUAGAAUCACCGAAGGAAACGACUUCAACUUGACCGAGAAGGAGACUUCCCGUUUGGUCGAAUGGUGUGCCUAUGAGAUCAAUGUCAGAGGCUACUCACCAUUCUGCAACUUGUUCACCAACGACGAGUUUGUCAAGCUUUCCUACGGUCUGGACUUGUCCUACUAUUACGGUAACGGUCCAGGUAACAACCUCACUGGCACUAUUGGUGCUCCAUACUUGCAGGCCACUUUGGACUACUUGAAGGAAGACAACCCUCCACAGAAGUUCGUCUUGGCCUUCACUCACGACACCAACAUUGAGCAUUUCCAUGCUGCUCUUGGUCUCUUGGCUCCAGAGGACCCAUUGCCAAAUGACCACAUCCCAUUCCCAGUUCCUUAUGCUCACACUCAGAUUGUUCCUAUGGGCGCUAGAUUGUAUACUGAAAAGUAUAAGUGUGGAGGUGAGAGCUAUGUGAGAUUCUUGGUCAAUGAUGCUGUGGUUCCACUCCAGCACUGCCAGGAUGGUCCAGGUUUCUCCUGUAAGCUUUCUGACUACGAGGCGUAUGUUCAGUCUAGAUUGGAAGGCAAGGACUACGCUUCUCAAUGUGGAGCUGAGAAUGUCCCAGAGAAGGUGACUUUCUUGUGGGACUACAAGACUCAGAACUAUUCUGCCCCAGACAUUGACUCGUAA